CUCUUGUUAUUAAAAGUAGAUAACCAUUAAAUGUUAAAUCACCAAAUAAGCUAAAUAAUAACUAUCAAACUAAGCAGUCUUGUAUAUACAACAAUGAUCAAUAACAUUAAACUUCAUAUCUGUGAAAUAGUGUACUAUGAAACUUAACAAUAAAUGUAGAUGUAUGUUAUUGUUUGUUUUCCAAGAAUAUGUACCGUACACAUAACUGCAACUCUGUAUAUGUUCUCAAGCAGAAGUCUUUUAUUAGAUGUGAGGCAUAGGAGAAAUUUAUUCUCAGAUUUUUACAACAAAUAUGCAAAACAAUACAGAGAAAAUAUUGGAUGUGACUUUUGAAACAUACAUUGGUAAACGAGUCCCAGAAUGGAAGGAAAGAAUUAAGGGACAACAAGUUAUCCGAAAAAAUAUUAGAAGGGGUCGAACCAAGAGUGCUUCAAACACUGCCAAAGACGAAGACUCAGAAAAAAAAUUUGGUUAUAUUUUAGAUGUAACAGAUGGAAUUAACAUAAAUGAAAUACGAGCCGAAAGUUGCAGCAGGCCGAUGGUACAGGUUGACUCAUUUUAUUCAUCAAACUUAGAUGUUUUAAAUGACGAGUUGGAAACAGAUUAUUUGGCACCUCUAAGUGAUGAUGAAUAUGCACACUGUUUAGAACUUGCACAAGUGUUGAAGAAUGUGGCUGAUGAUUUUGAGCAACAACAAAAAACUGAGAAAUCAGCUUCAAUGAAAUAUGAAAAAAUUAUUGAGUCAGCAGAUCCAGAAGAACUCUCAUCAGAAGAACGUGAUGUAAUCCAAAAGAUAAGAAGUUUGAAAACCGUUGAUAUUCCUGAGAUUGCUAAAUCGAUAUUGGUCUGCCCCACUAAGAAGACGUUAAAGCUGACACUAGAUUACAUUACUGGAAUGGAAGGCCUUACAGGUUACCCAUCUAUUGCUUUAUCUUUUGAAUUGGCUGCUGUUAUACUAGCAAUAGAGAUUGUUUCUCCAGAAGUAGUGGAUCUAGUCAAAAAUGUUUGCAAGACAUACGUUUUGAAUCGAUUCAGUUCAUGGUUCACCAGUAAUUAGAAGGAUAUAAAUUUUUGUGUGUAACUGGUACAUAUGGAACCAGUUUAUUAUAAGGUUAUUUUUUAGUAUUAAUGUUGAAGUUAUAAUUAAUGCAGAUCCGUUUUUGAACUUGUUUUGGUGCAGUGCCCAAACUUAAGUUUGCUUAGUAGACUGCAUCUUGAAAUUUUUUGUGUGUGAUAAUUACAUGUAAGAACAAUGUAUUUAGAUAAAGCUUUCAAAGCAACGGACCACAAAAAAACCAUAUACUGGUUAUGCAGUUAAAAUCAACAAGGACAAUCUGUGACUUGUUGAUGACAGCUUUUGUUCUGAUUUUUUAUUUUACUCAAAACUUGCAAUUCUGAGAUGGUUUAUUAGAUGUGUCAAAAUAGUCUGUAGAAGAUAGUUUAGUGGUAGUUCAUUUACUGUAUGAGACACUGUAGUUCAAUUAAACAUAAAACUGCAUAUGAAUUUGGUUUAAUGUGGGAUAAUCUAAUUUUGCAUCAUUUCCAUUUCAUCUGUUAUCUAUAUAUUUGAUUCACGGUUGUAUACAAUACAGUAUUAAUAGCUAAAAUGAGGUUUUAACAAUAUUUUAAUCUUUAAAAGUGUAAUGUAUUUUGCCAUGUGUCUGUGAUAUUAAAUUGAUUUUCAGUAUCAGAG